GGAGCCGCUCAGCCCCGGGAGCCGAGCGCCGAGCCCGCAGCCGGACAGCGACGCGCGCCGCGCCUCACGAAUGCGCCGCGCCCGGCGGCAGCAGCAGCCCCGCACCCAGCGCCGGGUGACCGCCGCGGGCAGCGCGGCCCUCGUAGCGCCCGCUCGGCCGCCCGCGGCUGCCGGACGCGGGGCCAGGCGGCAGCACCGGCGGGGCCUCCGCCAUUAACCCGGCCGAGCGUCGGCCGCAGCGGCGGAGCGGGAGGUCUGUCAGCCGCUCCUCGGCGGCUCCCACAGCGUAAACAUUACCAAAUGAGGAGAAAAGGAAGAUGCCAUCGAGUAUCGGCAGCAAGGCAUUCUUCUUCCCCAUGCAGUAUUAAGCACUCCCCAACACGAGAAACCUUGACAUAUGCUCAAGCUCAAAGGAUGGUUGAAAUAGAAAUUGAAGGUCGCCUGCAUAGGAUCAGUAUCUUUGAUCCUUUAGAAAUUAUAUUAGAAGAUGAUCUUACUGCCCAGGAGAUGAGUGAAUGCAACAGCAAUAAAGAAAAUAGUGAAAGACCACCAGUUUGUCUAAGAAGCAAACGCCAUAAAAAUAACAAAGUGAAAAAGAAAAAUGAAGCUCUUCCGAGCUCACAUGGUGUACCUGCUACAACAGCUCCGCUUCCAGAACCAAAAGUACGGAUUGUUGAAUACAGUCCCCCUUCGGCUCCUCGGAGACCUCCCAUUUACUACAAAUUCAUUGAGAAGUCAGCAGAAGAACUUGAUAAUGAAGUUGAGUAUGACAUGGAUGAAGAAGAUUAUGCGUGGUUAGAAUUGAUAAAUGAUAAGCGGAAAAGUGAUGGAGUGUCAGUUGUUUCCCAAAAUAUGUUUGAAUUCCUUAUGGAUAGGUUUGAAAAAGAGUCUUAUUGUGAGAACCAAAAACAGGGUGAUCAUCAGUCUUUAAUUGAUGAAGAUGCAGUGUGUUGUAUAUGCAUGGAUGGUGAAUGUCAGAAUAGCAAUGUGAUCCUGUUUUGUGAUAUGUGUAAUUUAGCAGUACAUCAGGAAUGCUAUGGGGUGCCAUAUAUACCCGAGGGCCAGUGGCUCUGCAGACACUGUUUGCAGUCCCGCUCUCGGCCUGUAGACUGUGUGCUGUGCCCAAACAAGGGAGGUGCCUUUAAAAAGACAGAUGAUGAUCGUUGGGGACACGUGGUGUGUGCUCUGUGGAUUCCAGAAGUUGGAUUUGCCAAUACGGUUUUUAUUGAGCCAAUUGAUGGUGUCAGGAACAUUCCCCCAGCCAGAUGGAAGUUAACAUGCUACCUCUGUAAACAGAAAGGUGUUGGUGCCUGCAUCCAGUGCCACAAAGCAAACUGCUAUACUGCAUUCCAUGUGACGUGUGCUCAAAAGGCUGGUCUAUAUAUGAAAAUGGAACCUGUGAAAGAACUAACUGGCAGUGGAACAACGUUCUCUGUGAAAAAGACUGCCUAUUGCGAUGUACAUACUCCACCAGGUUGCACACGGAGACCGCUCAAUAUUUAUGGAGAAGCUGAAAUCAAAAACGGUGUUUGUAGAAAGGAGGGAUCAGUCAGAACUGCUAGGUCUACAUCAAAAAUCAGGAAAAAGACAAAAAAAGCCAAGAAAGCAGUGGCUGAACCCUGUACAGUUAUGCCAACAGUAUCUGCUCCUUAUAUCCCCCCUCAGAGAUUAAAUAAGAUUAUGAAUCAGGUGGCCAUUCAGCGAAAGAAGCAUUUUGUUGAACGGGUGCACAGUUACUGGUUGCUUAAAAGACUGUCUAGGAAUGGUGUUCCACUCUUGAGAAGGCUGCAAUCCAGUUUACAGUCACAAAGAAACACACAACAGAGAGAAGAUGAUGAAGAAAUGCAAGCCUUAAAAGAAAAAUUGAAGUACUGGCAAAGGCUGCGCCAUGAUCUUGAAAGAGCACGUUUAUUGAUAGAACUUAUACGUAAGCGUGAAAAAUUAAAAAGAGAGCAGGUCAAGCUUGAGCAGGUUACUAUGGAACUUCAGCUUAUUCCAUUCACUGUACUUCUGCGAUCAGUUCUGGAUCAGCUGCAGGAAAAGGAUUCUGCUCGUAUAUUUGCUCAGCCAGUGAACCUUAAAGAGGUUCCAGACUAUUUGGAUCAUAUUAAACAUCCUAUGGAUUUCUCUACCAUGCGGAAACGGUUAGAAGCUCAAGGCUAUAAAAACCUCACUGAGUUUGAAGAAGACUUCAAUCUGAUCAUAGAUAACUGUAUGAAAUACAAUGCAAAAGAUACAAUAUUUUAUAGAGCUGCAGUGCGGUUAAGAGAUCAAGGAGGUGUAGUUCUCAGGCAAGCCAGGCGAGAUGCUGAAGGAAUUGGUUAUAACAAUGAAACUGGAAUGCACUUACCAGAACGGCCUAAACUUGAGUCACCACAGCCUUUCUCUUGGGAAGAUGUGGAUAGGUUACUGAAUCCUGCAAACAGAGCACAUAUGUCCCUGGAAGAACAGCUGAGAGAGCUGCUAGAAAAACUUGAUCUCACCUGUGCAAUGAAAUCCAGUGGGUCAAGGAGCAAAAGAGCAAAGCUGUUAAAGAAAGAAAUCAGCAUUAUUCGCAACAAACUCAGUCAGCAACACAGCCAAGCUCCUCAAAUAGAGUCAGGUAUUGGAAGUUUCGAGGAAGAAAGUGCAGCAUUAGAACAAGAUGGAGAAGAAGAAGGAGAUAAAUCUCCCCCUAAACUUGAACCAUCAGAUGCAUUACCUCUUCCUUCAAACUUGGAGACUAAUUCAGAACCACCAACCCUCAAACCAGUAGAACUCAAUCCAGAGCAGAGUAAGCUUUACAAAAGAGUAAAAUUUGAUAAUGAAUUAUAUAGCACUUCCAUUCAGAAAGAAAUAAAUGGACACACUCCAGAACACUUACUUGACAGUAAUCUCAAUGAGUCGACUGUUUCUGCUGUAGCUGAGUCAUCAACUGAUGUAAACAGACGUACUUCCAUUCUCUUCUGCAAAUCGAAAAGUAUAAGCCCCCAAAAGUCUGCAAAGAACACUGAAACCCAGCCAACUUCUCCACAGCUAGGGACCAAAACCUUUUUGUCUGUAGUCCUUCCAAGGUUGGAGACACUUCUGCACCCAAGGAAAAGAUCAAGGAGUGCAUGUGGAGAUUCUGAGGUUGAUGAUGAGUCCCCUGUAAAGCGCUUGGAUACAGGUCUAUCAAAUGGUUUUGGAGAUGAGAGCAAAGAGAGAGCAUUAGAUGAUACUCCAGGAAGAAAAGUUGAACCUCGUCGCCGCUGUGCAUCAGAAUCUAGUAUUUCAUCUAGUAACAGUCUCUUGUGUAACUCAAGUUUUAGUCUGCCGAAGUGUGGUAAAGGUAAACCUGCCCUGAUACGGAGACAUACACUGGAAGAUCGAAGUGAGUUGAUAUCAUGCAUUGAAAAUGGAAACUAUGCCAAAGCAGCAAGAAUUGCAGCUGAAGUUGGGCAUAGCAGUAUGUGGAUUUCAACUGAUGCUGCAACAUCUGUUCUUGAGCCUCUAAAAGUAGUAUGGGCCAAAUGCAGUGGAUAUCCCUCUUACCCAGCUCUGAUUAUAGACCCUAAGAUGCCUCGUGUUGCUGGCCAUCACAAUGGUGUUACUAUACCAGUGCCACCUCUAGAUGUACUGAAAAUUGGAGAACAAAUGCAGACCAAAUCAGAUGAGAAACUAUUCUUAGUACUAUUUUUUGACAACAAAAGAAGUUGGCAGUGGCUUCCCAAAUCCAAAAUGGUUCCCCUUGGGAUAGAUGAGACCAUAGACAAGUUAAAAAUGAUGGAAGGACGUAAUUCAAGCAUACGAAAAGCAGUAAGAAUUGCUUUUGAUCGUGCUAUGAAUCACCUGAGUCGGGUCCAUGGAGAGCCAGUCAGUGACUUCAGUGAUAUUGACUAACAGAGAUUUUCUAGCAAGGCAUGAAAAAUACCACAGAGACUUGAACUCUACUAAUGAACCUCUUUGUCUAAAAGAAUGUAUUGAAGAUACAACCCCUUAAUUGUUGAUUCAGUGGCUGAGUUCUGCAAACUUGAAAUAGUUGAGCAAUUCUUCUAAAUCACCAUUGCCAUAUUGAUUAAUUAUUUUAUUGUGCUGUAGAUUGGAGGAUUUUCCACUAAACCUGUUAAAAUGUCUUGUUCAUAGUGUUCAUAAUUGUACAUAAAUGUAUAUUCAACACUUAACUUAUUCUGAUUUUAGAAGUAGCUCCUUAAUUCCUUUUAUAAUUUUGUUGGGGAGGGAACUGGUUUUUGUUUUUUCCAUGCUUUAUACUUUUUUUUUUCUUUUUUUUUCUGAGGUUAAGUUACCUAAGCACCAUCUUUCAGCUUAAGGUGUUUAGUGGAUCGUAAAGCCUAAUAUCAAAAUGGCAUCAAAUAUAUGUUUGCCUAAAUCAUAUACAGUAUGGUGCUGCUUGUAUAAUUUCUUCCUUGGUCUGUAGCUUCUGAAAAAGACUUCUGAAUGUUUGUGUAAAUUGUUGCUCUUUGCACAAAGUACCACAUAUUUAAGAUUGAUGUAAAUUUACAAUUACAAAUAUGUAUUUUAAGAAAGGAAAUUGCAUUAUUUUGGAGGGUACUUUGUGAGAAAGACAUCAAUAAAAAUUAUACUAUGUACAUCACUUGCAAAUCACCAAAAACACUCCAUUGUUGCCCAAAAUGACUUAAGGUUGUUACUGUUUUAAACAAAUCUGGCUUAAAGCCUGGAAGCAUAUGAUUUCUUUCAAAACCAUAUCCCAUUUAUCUCCCAUCGGUUUAAUUUUUUUGAUGUGUGUGCCUCCCUGUGUUUUAUUUAUUGUAGAAAAUGUAUUAAUUUGCUUUAUAAUGAAAAAUAAAAUUGACAAAUAUAUUGAUAUGCAUUUUUAUACAGGCACAUGAGAAGACAACUUGCUUUGGGAGAAAAAUGUAUUGGAAAUUGUAUAAAAUAAGUCGAUGGUUUGUGUGUAAUUUGGUUUUUUGGUAACUUGUAAUCUUUUGUUUCCAAUGAGGGGAUUUAUGUAACUUUUAAUUUAGAACACUUUGGUAGCAAUAGAAACUUUGGAUACAUUUUUGUAUGGUACAUGUGAUGUAUAUAGAAUUAGUACUUUAUUUUUAUUUUUAAGAAGUAAAGCAUUAUGUUUGGGCAGGGGGAAGAAGGAGGGUGGGUUUCCAGAACUGCAUUUUUAUAUUAAAAAGAAAAAAAAUAAAGUCAAGAUAUUGAUUGUUGUAGCUACUUUAUUCCUACCUUCACUGAGAUACUGAAUUUGUAACAAUGAAAUGGCAAGGUAUGUUUGCAAUGUGAUUUAUAAUGGCUCCAUUAUUUAUAAAUGCACUGUGUUUGAACUCUUUUGCAGUGAUAUCGUAAAUACUGUACCAAGUUAUAUAAUAUGAAACACCAAAUAAUGCAUAUGAAUGCACGAAGUAUUUAUGCCCAGCUUUUUUAUAAAGGAUUAGCAAAUACAGCAAAACCAAUACUUUUUAAAUCUUUUUUUUAAAACUUCAUUGAAUAGCAUACUUCAUUGUUAAACCUGCUUGAAUCUUUAUUUUAAAGGGACAAUUACUUUUUAAAUAGUUUUUACUGUUUUUAUUCUCUAUUGUUUGUAAUACCCCCGUAGAAGCUUGAAAUAAAAUUUCUUUCUCAACUGUAA